AUGCAAGAAGUUCAAGAAGAGGUUAGAAGAAUCCUGCAAAAAGCUUCUAGCAAGAAGCGAACAAGAAGCGAAAUACAAGCCCUAACAACAAAGUUGGUGCACCCACGUAAGCCUAAAACUCCGAAAACUGAGGAGAACAAAGAAGAAAUUCUUCGGCACACACUGAAGAAGAAUAAUAGAGGAGGUGGUAAUGGUGGUGGAGAGUUGAAGCAGACGGAAGUGAUGGAGAGGGAGCGAAAGAGAAAGCGUGUUGCAGAAAAUUAG